AUGUCCGGUGCCGCCCAAGACGUGCGCAAAGCGCUGCUGAAGCUGGCGCAGACCUGGCCGAAGGACCCCCUGCGCCCGAACCUGGACUUUGGCGAGGCGAUCCGCCGUGCGACCGAGGUCGAGCUGUCGUCGGGCGCGGCACGCGUCAACAUCGCCGAAGCACGCAAGUCGCUCGCCGCGCUCGAGCGCAUUCGGAGCAGCGAGAGCCUCCGCGAAUACCCCACGCCGCGCAAUGUGCUGCAUCCCGCGUCCUCGCCAAACUACUACGGGCAGCUCGUCGAGGCAAUGGGCCGCGUGGCGCGCGGCCAGUCGGUCGCGCCGUCGCUCGGCCAGCGCAUGCGCCGCUUCUUUGGCAUGUAA